AUGAAUUUCGCCGUGGGCUUCAAGGCUUUAGGGGGGGACACCCAGACCAUGGACAACCUGGAGAAGCAGCUGAUCUGUCCCAUCUGCCUGGAGAUGUUCACCAAACCCGUGGUCAUCCUGCCCUGCCAGCACAACCUGUGCCGAAAGUGCGCCAACGACAUCUUCCAGGCUUCCAACCCAUUGUGGCAGUCCCGGGGCUCCAGCACGGUGUCCUCAGGGGGACGUUUCCGCUGUCCAUCCUGCCGUCAUGAAGUGGUCCUUGACAGACAUGGAGUCUAUGGACUGCAACGGAACCUGCUGGUGGAAAAUAUCAUCGACAUCUAUAAGCAGGAGUCAUCCAGGCCUCUGAAUACAAAGACGACAGAGCAGCAUUUGUUGUGUGAGGAACACGAGGAUGAGAAAAUCAACAUUUAUUGCUUAACCUGUGAGAUUCCUACCUGUUCCAUGUGUAAGGUUUUCGGGGCCCACAAGGACUGUGAAGUGGCUCCUUUGUCCAGCAUCUACAAAAGACAGAAGAGCGACCUCAGUGAUGGGAUUGCGAUGCUGGUUGCUGGCAAUGAUCGGAUUCAGGCAAUUAUCACACAGAUGGAGGAGAUCUGCAAAAGUGUUGAAGACAACAGCCGCAGGCAGAAGCAGCACCUGAGCCAGAGAUUUGACUCUCUCUAUAACAUCCUGGAGGAGAGGAAGAAGGAAUUAUUACAAAUGAUCACACGGCAGCAGGAGGAGAAGCUGCAGUAUGUGCGAGGGCUGAUCCGCAAACAUGGCGACCACCUCGAAGUCACUUCCAAACUUGUGGAGACUUCCAUACAGUCCAUGGAUGAGCCACAGAUGGCUGCGUUUCUGCAGCAAGCAAAAGAACUGAUCAAAAAGAUCACAGACAUGUCCAAAGUAUCCACAAUAGACCGACCGGACCCCGGCUAUGAGAACAUGGAUCACUUCUGCGUCAAUGUGGACUAUGUAUCUGAGAUGCUGAGGACCAUCGAAUUCUGUUCAGGUAUCUAUAGGGGCAGGUAUCACAAAAGAAAUGAUUCUUGGGGGGGGGGGGGGGGUAACAAUCUUCUGUGUACACUGCGAUCCCCUUCCCAGAAAAAGACCUGUUGGACACUAAGGUAA